AGUUCAGACCGGUUUUCUGGAAAGUGCUUUGUCUCUCCGACUGAAUCCUGGGAAAGGUCAUGUGUGGACCCAGUGAUGUCAUGAGAUCACAAACUGACUCAGCUCUUUUGCAUCAGAUAUGUGUGUCUGUCUUGCAGAGCACCAUAAUGACGGAGGAAUCCUGCCGGACACGGAGCCAGAAGCGAGCGCUGGAACGCGAGAUAAACCAGAACGACGUAGACAGUAAAAAGAUGAAGCUGGACAAAGGCCUUCUGGGAGUCCCGGAGGCCAACACGGAAGGUGGGGACCUUCAGUUAAAGACUGACUCCGCAACAGGGCGAGGCCCAGGAUUAUUAAAAGGAGCGGAAAUGAAAGCCACCAUCAAAGUGGAGGUCCAGACAGGCGACGAGCCGGUGGACAUGAGCACCUCGAAAAGUGAUGCCAAGCAAGAGCGGAGAGUCCCAUCACCCGAUGUAAUAGUCCUCUCGGACAACGAGCCAUCAAGUCCCAGAAUGAAUGGGCUGACAAAAAUUCCAAUCAAAGAGACCAGCGCAGAAGUGUUGAUGAAAAGCAGUCCUGAAGAGCGGGAGAGAAUGAUCAAGCAGCUGAAGGAAGAGCUGCGGUUAGAAGAAGCAAAACUGGUGCUGUUGAAAAAGCUCCGGCAGAGUCAGAUACAGAAAGAGGUGACGGCUCAGAAGCCUGCUGGCUCCUCAGGAAAUGCUGUGGCCACCCCUCCGCCGUUGGUGCGGGGAACGCAGACCCUCACUUCCAGCAAGUCAUCUGUCCUUCAGAAUUCUUCCCGUAUUUCUGGGACUGUUAUUCCUCCCCCGUUGAUCCGUGGUGGGCAGCAAACCUCUUCAAAGCUGAGUUCUCAGCAAAACACACAAAUAGUCAUGCCCCCUCUCGUCCGAGGAGCACAGCAAAUCCACAACAUUCGCCAGCACUCCGCCUCAGGGCCCCCUCCGCUGCUCCUGGCCCCACGGGCCUCCGUCCCCAGCGUGCAGAUACAGGGCCAGCGGAUCAUACAGCAGGGCCUGAUCCGCGUUGCCAGCGUCCCCAAUGCAAGCCUCUUGGUCAACAUCCCACAGGCCUCGCCGACUUCCCUCAAAGGCACAGCAGUGACGUCGGCCCAGGCGAACGCCGCAGCCACCGCGACCAGUGUGGCCUCCAUCAUCAACUCCAACGACUCUCCUGCCAGCCGGCAAGCAGCAGCAAAGCUGGCCCUACGGAAGCAGCUGGAGAAGACCCUCCUGGAGAUCCCCCCGCCCAAACCUCCGGCACCCGAAAUGAACUUCCUGCCCAGCGCAGCCAACAACGAGUUCAUUUACCUGGUUGGGCUGGAAGAGGUGGUGCAGAAUCUCCUGGAGAGUCAAGGCAAAAUGUCGGUCGCCCCCUCCUCCCAGGAGCCCUACACCUGCGUCCAGUGCAAGACGGACUUCACCUGCCGCUGGAGGGAAGAGAAGCGGGGGAUGAUCAUGUGCGAGACCUGCAUGUCCUCCAACCAGAAGAGGGCGCUGAAGGCCGAGCACACCACCCGCCUGAAGGCCGCCUUCGUCAAGGCCCUGCAGCAAGAGCAGGAGAUCGAGCAGCGGAUACUGCAGCAGGCUGCUUCCCCCGGGCAGACCAAGCCUGACCCACUUACCCAGCAGCAUCAUGCUCUCAAGCAGACCUCUGGCCAGCUGCCUCGAAGCGCCAGCACCCCCCGUGGAGUCUUGCAUGCAUUUAGCCCGUCGCCCAAGUUGCAGAACGCGUCCGGCGUGGCCGUGCUUGGUGGCAGGCAAGGUAAGCGUGCUCAGAGGCCCACCGGGAAAGGCGGUGCUUGCAGUUGGAAGAAGACUCUCACCGACGCAGGUAGAUGGCUCGCUCUUCUCUUCCCUGGCCUCGCCGUGCACAAAUCAACUUCUUCGGCCGUGGACCGCCAGCGCGAGUACCUCCUGGAUAUGAUCCCACCACGAUCCAUCCCGCAGUCUGCCACUUGGAAAUAACGAGGAGCCUCUGCCUUUAGUGGGAGACUUCGACUUUUCGUAAUCCCUCACCUCUCCCCCAUUUGAAUCUGCUGCCUUUCUCUGCCUCCCCCCACCCCCACCCCUUUCCACCUUGCAGUGGAAAAUCUGCUUUUGAGCCUAGCUGGAUUUGCCCCGGGGGGGAGGGGGAUGGCAGGGAGGCUUCGGGGGUUUUUGGUCAGCCCUGCUGAAGGCUGCCUCACAUUCCACAGGGUGGAAGGAACACUUUUUGGGGGAGGGGGGGGCAGGAACAGCAAUGAUGCGGGAGGCUACCAGAUCCUUGUGGCAAAGGCUGGCUUGGAGAGGGGAGAGCAAUCUCGUCGAUUCUUCUUUUUUCCCUCUGUUUAUGUAUUUCUUUUUUAGUUUUGGGGGGCUGAUGUUUUUGUUUUGUUUUUCAAUCAGCACUAGCACAGAGAAAAGACGGGCGCUCUGAGCUGCUUCUCGAUCCCAUCCCUGCCUUCCAUUUAUAGUUAUUUGGGGGGGGGGGGUUGUUUCUUUUUGUUUGUUGGGGUUGUUUUGGUCGAUUGUACGAUGGUCGGUAGCGAUCAAGAGUAUACUUCUUCCCAUGCGUGGAAAGAAAUUAGGAACUGGAACCCAGCAAUAGCAGACAAAAUUGGCGAGGGCAGAUCAGCGGCCCUUUUUCUCCCUCCCCGGCACCACCCCCUGUGAUUCCCAAGGAAGCAAUAGGUCUGAUGGCCAUAUUUUAUUUUUUUCUUCUCAGUCCAGUAAUAAAUUAUGAACCAGUGUGAUGAUCUGGCCACUGUCGGAAGAAAUGGGGCAAAUGAACACAGGUUUGGCUCUUUUGUAAACUGCAAAUCUGUGUCCAGCUGUCUUGCCUUGGACAUGCAGUGAUCUCAGCCCUUAGAGUGACCGGACAGUUGAAACCAAAAGAAUGUCUUGAUAUCCUUCUGAACAGUCCACAAGUGGGAACAGGGGUGAGUCAUUUGUAGAAGAGGUCAAAGCAAAGGACAAUAAUUUUUACAAAACAAUAUUUUGGAUUUUUCUUCAGUGACUCCUUUUUCUCAAAAGAAUUUUUUCCCUCUUUGCCUAUCUAGGAGCAGUGUGCAAUUUAGGUUUGUUGAGCAGAAGGGACCAGAGGAAUAAGAGGUUUUGUGUUUUUUUUAAAAAAAUAAAAUGGAUUAAAACACAAGACAAAAUUCCAGCUAUAAUUCUGAUGCUUCAAAUUUACAUUUUCAACCCUCCCUCUCUCUCUCUCUUUUUUAGUAUUUGUUUUCUAGUGGCAGAAAAGUAUGGACCUUUCUAUUACAAUUCGUAAUAACAUGUUGGUGCCAGACUUCAUAAUGGCAUAGAAGGUGCAUUGCAAAGUUAUAUAAAUAUAUAUAUAUACACACACAUUUAUAUAUAUAUAUAUAUAAAGAAAAGGAGGAGGAAGGCAUAGCGGGGUAUAAUGCACACUGUGCAGUUGAACUUUUUUUUGGGGGGGGGAACUGGGUAGGGCUGAUAUUUUGUUAGCUGCAAGUUAGAUACUUAAUUUAAAAAACAUAAACAACUGUGGCUGUAUGGGGGCAGAAGUCCCUUUUCGGAAUAUGACUAUUGCAUUGUAAUAAAAAAGCUCCUUCUAA